CAAGCGGUAAUCCUCUACCCUAACCCUACAGCCCCCUUUUCUCUCUUCUGAUCUUUUUUUUUAGUGAACUGUAAGAUCACGACCAAAACGCCAUGCCAGGCUAUAGAAGAAACGGUAGUCGGCGGCGUCAUCGUUCCCAAACUGGGUGGUCAAAUCAUUUUUGCCCUUCAGCAGGACCCGUAUACUCACCAUGGGCCAUGGGUAUGGGCCCCAUUAUGUAUUCAGGAUUUUAUCCGUACAAUCCAUACAGUCCAUACAAUAUGCAACCUACAGCUGCUGUGACUCAUCUGGCCGUGCAACAAUUGGCACGACUCCACCAACUGCAACGGCUUGUGACAUAUCUAUCUCCGCCCAACCCACCUAAUCUUACAAUUAAUAGCAAUUUUGAAACGAAUGAUGCUGACACAAACUUGCCGACACAAACUCAAGAAAUCCCAUCAGAAUGCCACAAUGAAGAUGAUGGAAAUAUGGAUGGUGAUCCUGAUAGAGAAGAUUUGUUGUCACCAUCUCAUGAACCUGAAUGUAUUAUAUGUUUACAAACAGCAGAGGAUCCACAGGUGUGUGACCGGUGCACAGUUGUGUCCUGCGGGUACUGCUUUGAGCUGUGGGCCCGUCAUGCUGGCAAGUGCCCUGUGUGCCGGAAAAUUGUGAAAUUACCUACUGUUCCUGAAGAAGCUGAAGUUAUUGAUCUCUCAUAAUUUGAUGCUCACCUGCUGAAUGCUGUUGGUCAGUUGGGUUAAGCAACAUAAUUCUCUCCUUGAAAAAAAAUGUGUAUUUCUCAUGGAUUCUAUUUUGAAAGGGAGACUUGUCAAAUAUUUCCCUAUUAUUAUCGGACCACAUUGCUUAACUAAUGCUCCUGUUUAUUAAAAUAAUUAUCUUGUAGAUGUUCUUAGAGCCAGGAGCAAGAGGGAGACCUAUUAAUA